UUCGGGACCCAUGCUCUUUUCAUACUGGAUCGCGUGUGCCUUACAGAAACUGAAAAGUUCUUCCUAUAUCAAAAAUAUAGAAAAUAAUCUUUUGUUAUAAAAAGGUUUUAUUUUCUUUGCUGAUCAUUUUGAACAUAAAAAAUCAUAAAUCCAUUGCAAAAAAAAAAAAAAUUUCGUGAAAGUGAACUAUUUCCUUUAAAGAAAAACGCUGGCUGCUUAGACGAAAAUGACGCAGAUAGGGCAUUUGAAGAUAACUCGAAAACACUGACUCUAUAAUGCUCGAAAAACAAAUACUUUGCGUACCUUGGAUACCUUGUGCGAGAUCACUAGGCAGGCGCCAGGCAGGGCUUCGUUCUAUGAAUUGGCAAAGUUUCAACGGUUUCAACUAGCUAGGCAUCGUUUUCAUUUCUAUAAACAUUGUCAAACACUAUCGCCCUGGUAUUAUUUGCUUGACAAGUAAUGGCGGGAUGCAGGGACCAUACGAUAUUCACUCAGGAAGAUCUUUUUGAAAAAGGCUUUCCUGUCAUGCAAGAGAUACGACGGGAAGGAAAACUCUGUGAUGUUACUCUCAAGGUGGAUGGCCAGUCUUUCACUGCUCACAAGCUUGUUCUUGCUGCCAACAUUCCAUACUUCAAUGCCAUGUUCCUUCAUGAUAUGGUUGAAAGCAGGUUAUCAGAGAUUGAAAUGAGGGAGAUUGAUCCAAGUGCUUUGGAGGCUCUCAUCAACUUCGCAUACAGCGGUCGUAUCCUGAUCAACAACAGCAAUGUGCAGAAUCUGAUGCUGGGUGCUGCAUUCCUUCAGCUGACUACUGUACGGGAGGCCUGUGCUAAACAUCUAAUCAAAGAGCUGACGCCGUCGAACGCGCUCGGCAUCCGCAAGUUCGGCUCGGAGUUGCACUGCACGGCGCUGGCAGGCGCCGCCGACACCUACAUCCAGAAGUGGUUCGCGUCCGUCACAGAGAGCGAGGAGUUCCUGCAGCUGGGCGAGCGCGAGCUGCGUGACAUCCUGGCCAGGGACGAGCUGCACGUGGACACGGAGGAGCUGGUGUUUGAGGCAGCACUGCGCUGGGUGAAGCACGACACUGAGCUGCGGACUGAGUGUCUGCCGGGUCUUCUGAGUCUGGUUAGGAUGCCGCUUCUGACACCGCAGUAUCUCACCGACCACGUGGCCACGGAGCCCCUCAUCCGCAGCUCUCACCUCUGCAGGGACCUGCUAGACGAGGCGCGCGACUACAUGCUGAUGCCCGAGCGCCGGCCGGCCAUGCGCAGUUUCGUCGCCCGGCCGCGCUGCUGCAGCGAUAUUGUCGGUCUCAUCUACGCCGUCGGCGGACUGGCCAAAUGCGGCGGCUCGCUGAGCACCGUGGAGGUGUUCCACCCAGUGACCGGCCUGUGGACCAUGGCCGAGAGGAUGUCGGGCACCCGGUCCCGGGUGGGUGUGGCCACCCUGGACGGCCGGCUGUACGCCAUCGGCGGCUUCAACGGCCGCGACCGGCUGGCCACCGUAGAGGUAUUCGACCCGCGCGCCGGCACCUGGGAGCAGGCCACGCCCAUGAACUACCGGCGCAGCGCGCUGGGCGCCGUGGCGCUCAACAAGGACAUCUACGUGUGCGGCGGCUACGACGGCAGCACGUCGCUCAGCUCCGUGGAGCGCUACGACGUGCAGCUCAACCGCUGGACGCCCGUGGCGUCCAUGAUCCGGCAGCGCUCGGCCGCCGGCGUGGUCGCCUUCGAGGGAAAGAUCUUCGUACUGGGCGGCCACGACGGCCUGUCCAUCUUCGAGACGGUGGAGUGCUACGACCCGCAGAAGGGCCUGUGGAGCAGCGGGCCCUCGAUGCUGACCAAACGCUGCCGGCUCGGCGCCGCCGCGCUCAACGGCAAGCUGUACGUCUGCGGCGGCUACGAUGGCUCGGUGUUCCUGAAAACGGUCGAGGCGUAUGACCCGGUCACUAACAGCUGGAGUUACGUGGCGCCGAUGAACGUCACCCGGUCCCGCGUCAGUCUGGUGGCCGUCAUGGGCCGCCUGUACGGCAUCGGCGGCUACGACGGCUUCGCCAACCUCAACACGGUCGAGGUAUACGACCCGCAGCGCGACUGCUGGGAGCUCGUCUCGUCGAUGCGCGCGCACGAGGGCGGUGUCGGGGUGGGCGUCAUUCCCGUGCUGACGGACGACUCGCAGGAGGAGCCGGAGGAGCGCUGAAGGCCGGCCGGCGGCAGUAGCGGCGAGGGGUCUGAGGAAGAAUGAUGUGUCCCCGGCUGGCGGGAGCUCCCGCGGCCGUGGGAAGUGAUAUAUGAUCUGGAAUGAUACUGUAAACCGAGGAGAGUCCGAGGGACGGUGGAUCCUUCACUUAGAGGCGUCAUUGGCCUCGCUAGCCGGAUCUGAGCACCACACCGAUGGCGGACGUCGGGCUCGGCGUGGUCACCGCCUACCCAACUGAUUGGUGGCUGCAAAUGUGCACCCUGUGUUGUCGACCUUACUCGAUAUGUGUCAGCUUGACGGAGAUGGAAGCCGCUCUGUGAUCGUAUACCCGCCCAUGGGACUUCAGAGCUUGUGAUGGUCUUGGUUCGUUUCACGUCCCUUGCAUUAUUGUCUUACAACUCUUAGGCGAUACCUAGACUAUUCUUUUGUAGUAUUAUUUUGUGGGAGAUCAGAAACUCGAAGGGUUGUUUACGGAGCAUAUUAGAGCGUACUGGUGAUAUUUCCGUGAUUUGAUUUACGAACUUACUUGCAUUUGUCUCGAGCUAUGCUAGUUUAGAUAUUAUUGUCGUCAACUCGCCAUUGCUCGGAGGGUUAGCGUUGAUAUUUUGUUUUAUUGCCGUACUGCCCUCAAUUGGUCACCGUAUGGGUGUCGAUUUUUAGUAUGUCCAUCUCAGUUUUCAAUCUCUGCACAGUAUCACUUGUCGGAGCCAGGUGGUUCAUCACAUGUAGGCGGUAGGAGCACAUUGUAUGAGAUAGCCAGUAUGAAUACGUUUGUCUCCGUGAGAGAGAUAGCCGGGAGUCUGUCAUUGUCUAAAGAAGCAACUAACCGUGUCUGCUAUUGUAUGUCUGUGCACCUGCCAUACUCCCCUCGAGUUUUCAGGUAUAACUUCUGCCAUGGAACUUAACCGCUGCGUCUGCCAUUACCGGAUUUAGCCAGUGCAUCUGCCAUGUUUGGAGGAAGCCGGUGCGUCUGCCAUGCUCUGAGGUAGCCAUCCGUCUGCCGUUAUGCGAGGUAACCGGUGCCCGGGACCGCCUCUCUCCUACAUGUUCAAAUGUAUUUCAUCAUCGGUAGCGCUAGUACUCCAUGAACUCGACCAAAAGCAGCUGUUCGUAUCGACUUCCUCCCAGUGUAAUACGGCUAUUGGCUGACGGAUGCGGCACAUUCAGUGGACGAUAUUAUCGCGACUGCCCACAGAAAAUAUGUGCUGUUUGUCCUGUGGUGUCUGAUGACUGUUUUAAAAGUGGCUGCGGAUGAAAUGACCGUCUAUAUUCAAAUAUGUAUCUGACGGCCGAAUCGCAUGCAUAUUCACAUGCUCGAUAAAUACAGGAUGUCGUGUUA